AUGGCUGAAGAUGUGAACUCGCCGACAAAAAAGUUUGAAAAGAUUGUUUCUGACAAAUUGCAUGACCACACCGUUGGUUCGUACAUUUUUCAUGGAGAAGAUCACACGCUUGGAAAUGCGUUGAAGCAUAUGAUUAGUCAUUACCCUGAAGUUGAAUUUUGUGGCUACAACGUACCAAAUCCUUUGGAAGACCAGAUUCUAUUUCGUAUCCAGACUCGAGGCAUACCAGCUGACGUCAUACUUCGACGAGGCUUGAACGAUUUAGACCGUCUGUUCGGUAGUAUCGAAGAAAAAUUUAAAAUAGGUGAAUGCGCAUUGCAGCUGUUGGACGCACACAUCAAGCGUGAUUUCAAAUUUUAUAGCUUCUGUGGCCACAUAACAUAUUCUUGUCUCAACUUUUCGCAGUCGGUUGAUCUGUCGUUUACGACUUAA